UAUUUAUAGUUAUUAUUAGUUUUGGCGGUCAUGAUCAGUUUAAAUGGCAUUCGAAUACGAGUUCUGGCCAAAAAUAGAUCCUCUCAUUGUCCUGGUGGUGUUAUGUGUGAUUGCAGUAGUUGACCGCAUCUGGGAGAUAAUACUCACAAAGAGACAACAUCUGGUAUGCAUGAACUCCAUUAUGGUGCCGGAGGAACUGAGAGGAGUGAUCCCGCCGGAGAUCUUCCAUCGCGCCCGCAUCUACGAGCUUCACAAAACAGAGCUCCUGAUCUGGAAGACUCUCAUAGACCUGAUCAUUACCCUGUGUGAGCUGAUCUUCGGCUUCUAUGCCUUUCUCUGGGGUCUGGCUUCCAAGACGCUGCAAGCUCUAACGACAGCGGAGAUCUGGGUCAGCCUGGUCUUUGUGUUCUACCUGACGGUGUACAUAUGCAUCCGCUUCCUGCCGGUGCUGAUCUACGACAAGUGUCUCCUGGAGUUGCGCUAUGGAAUGCAAAGGAAGUUUCCAUGGUAUCUGUACUGUUGCGUGGGCUUCAUAGCCAUGCUACUGAGCCAGUUCAUCCUGAUCCCGAUCACCCUGGGCCUUGUGUUCAGUGUGCAGACGAUCGGAUUCUUUUUCUUCCUCUGGUUCUGGCUUUUUUGGGCCGGCUUCACCAUUAGCCUGGUCUUUUUUUUGCCGUACUGCUGCAUCCCGUGCAUUGGUAGACAGGUAGUGCUGCCAGAAGGAAAUGCCCUCUACGCCGAGGUAAAGCGUGUUUGCGACGUGGUCGGUUUCCCCAUGAACCGGGUUUUCAUCAUCCGAACCAGGACUAUGCAGUACAGCAAUGCCUACUUCUACGGGAGCUGUUGUCUGAAACGGAUCGUAAUAUUCGACACUCUGCUGCUUAACAAAGGAUUGGAUCCCAGCGAGAUCCAACCAUACGAAGUGGGCCGCGGACUGACCAACGUCCAGGUGGCGGGUGUGGUAUGCCACGAACUUGGCCACUGGAAGCAUGGACAUUUUUACAAAGCCACAAUCAUCAUGAAGAUCCACUUUUUAUUGACCAUGGCACUCUUUGGUCUUUUUUUCCAUUGCCCCUAUUUGUACAUGGCAGUGGGCUUCGAAGAGGGACUUUGUCCAAUAAUCGUGGGAUUCAUCAUAGUUCUGAGAUUCGCCAUGACUCCGUACCUGGUCCUGGCUAAUGUACUUAUGCUGUGGAAUCUACGCCGUUUCGAGUACGCUGCCGAUCGUUUCGCCCAUCAAAUGGGCUACUCCAUACCCCUCAGGAUGGCCCUGGUGAAGAUCUACGCCGAUCACAUGAGUUUCCCGAUCUAUGAUGAUUGCUAUGCCCGUUGGCAUCACACUCAUCCCACGAUCCUCCAGAGAUUGGAAUACCAGCAGAAACUAGACAACAUGGAGAGUUCCAGAAAAUAG